AUGCACCUCACAACCCAAAACGCAGACUUCUCCGCCCGGAUCCAAAACCUCAUCAAGUCCCAACGGGAGCAUGAGCGGACAUGGUGGAAAGCGCGGCAGGCGCUGAUCGAGAAGCAGGCAGCGAGAGAAGAGAAGAGGAGGCAGAUCGAGCAGGUUUUGAAAUCGGUUGGCGCGAGUAAUGCAACUACAACUGGAGCCAGUGCUGAGGACACGACUGAGAAAAUAUCCCAAGAAAACGCCACAGAACUGCAAGCCUACGACUCAAAGGUGUACCAGGCUUCAGUUGACAUGGCGCGGGCCAUAGAGAGCGAACUUCGCAGAUUGGGGGUUCCUUUUUUUUGUAUCGAUCGUGCCUUGGUAACCACGGAAGAUGACACAGGGGGGACAACAUCUGAGUCAGUAGCAGAAGAGGGUGCUAAGACGAAGAAGAUAUCGAAGGAGGAAUUAGAGGGGUUGAAGAAGAGGGCUGGCUAG